UUCUUUUCCCCCUUUUCACUCUUUAUAUCUCGAUUCACAAACCCAUCUCCCAGCUUUACAUUUCAAGCUUAGUAAAGCUCCGUCCCCUGUUACAACUUCAUACUGCAGAUAUAUACUAUUAAUGUUCUCUCUUGUUUCUUUAAUCCCCGAUUCCUUUAUCUGAUUCUUUUUCAUUCUGCUUUACAUCUGAUUCUUUGGGACCCAGCUAAGGGCACGAUGGGGGACGUGGCUAAGGACCUCACUGCAGGAACUGUUGGAGGGGCAGCACAAUUGAUAUGCGGACACCCAUUUGACACCAUCAAAGUCAAGCUCCAAAGCCAGCCUGCACCAGCCCCUGGCCAACCUCUCAAGUAUGCUGGCGCCAUUGAUGCGGUCAAGCAAACACUAGCAGCUGAAGGCCCAAGGGGUCUGUACAAAGGCAUGGGCGCUCCACUUGCAACAGUGGCAGCUUUCAAUGCUGUCCUAUUCACAGUAAGGGGACAGAUGGAGGCAUUAUUGAGAUCACAUCCUGGUGCCCCUCUUACAGUGAACCAGCAGGUUGUUUGUGGAGCUGGGGCUGGAGUCGCCGUUUCCUUUCUAGCUUGCCCCACUGAGCUAAUCAAAUGCAGGCUGCAAGCGCAAAGUGCGCUGGCAGGUUCUGGAACAGCUACGGUAGCUGUGAAGUAUGGAGGCCCCAUGGAUGUGGCCCGGCAUGUUCUCAGGUCAGAAGGGGGCGCGAAAGGUCUUUUUAAGGGCUUGGUUCCGACAAUGGCUCGUGAAAUACCUGGAAACGCUGCAAUGUUUGGUGUAUAUGAAGCAGUAAAGCAGUUAAUUGCUGGAGGCCAGGAUACCUCUGGACUUGGUAGAGGUUCUUUGAUAGUUGCUGGAGGCUUGGCAGGAGCUUCCUUCUGGUUCAUGGUGUACCCGACUGAUGUUGUAAAGAGUGUGAUUCAGGUUGAUGAUUACAAAAAUCCCAAGUAUUCUGGUUCAUGGGAUGCCUUUAGAAAGAUUAAAGCUUCAGAGGGAUUUAAAGGCCUUUACAAGGGUUUCGGUCCUGCAAUGGCGCGAAGCGUUCCUGCAAAUGCAGCUUGCUUCUUAGCGUAUGAGGUGACAAGAUCAGCUCUGGGGUGAUAUGUUCUCAUGUUAAUGCGUUGUGAGGCUAUCAUUUGAGUGUCCAAGGCUCCCAUUUUCUCUUAAAUCUGGCCCCAAAAAGGCAAGUGACAUGUUUUAUGUUCAUUGCAAUACAGCCAUACCCGUUCAUCUUCUGUCAUUUCUUCAAUCUUCGAGGAAUCAUCAUUCUUUUAUCAGUAGUAAUAUAUACUUUUAGCCCCACA